CUGCGUGGAGAAAACGUGAGUCGUGGUCUUUUUCGUAACAGAUUUUGUUUAUAUCGGAACAGCUGAUUUUUUUUACGGAAAAAGUUAAUGCAUACAUUUCAAUGAGGAGGAUAUCUUAAUAUUACCAUAUACAGUACUUUGUUGCCGUUGCGAUGUCUACAGAUACUGAUGAGCAGUGCGGGGUGGGCUGUUUCAGACCCACCUUCCUGCAGCGCUGCGCGAGGGUCGGGGUUUUUGUAGCCCUCUACAGCCCUGCCUCUCUCUGUACCUCAGCCAUCUCUGUCUACAUGUCUUCUCAAAUCACCACCCUGGAGAAGCAGUUCGGCUUCACCAGCACACAAAGCGGCUUCCUCAUGAGCUGUAACGACAUCGGGUUUCUUCUGACGACGAUCUUCGUCGCCCACCUUGCUAGAACAGUCCACAUUCCUAGAUCUCUUUUCAUUUCCACCUUUUUAUUCGGGAUAUCGGGGAUCUUCUGUUCCCUGGCCUACUUCCUGGCACCUGACAAUCAGGAAGAACAAACUAUUGCUUCUUCCAAUUCCUCCUCCGAGAAGACUGCUUUGUUUCAAAGUUUUCUCCAUCAAUUGUGCUCUCAGAGGAACAACACACCCUCAGAAAGCUGUGAUCCCAAAAUGGUUAAGAUUGGAGCGCCGACAGAAUUCACUACAGUGGCUAUUGUUAUUAUUGCCGUGGGGAUGAUAGUGCAGGGGUUCGGGAAGGCCCCAAGACAGCCCUAUAUCAUCACUUACAUAGACGACAAUGUACCCAAACGGAAGACCGCCUGUUUCAUAGGUAUUAUCAUGGCGGUGGGAAUCUUCGGACCCGGGCUGGGCUUUGGCCUCGGGGCUCUUUUUAGUCAAAUGCAUGUCACCCUGCAAGAGGUUCGGAUCAGCGUCCGGGACCCCCGCUGGAUUGGGGCGUGGUGGCUUGGCUUCAUCGUAUUCGGAGCGCUAGCUGUUAUCGUGUCCAUUCCUUUAAUGUGUUUCCCGAAGAGGAUGCCGGGAAGGAAAAAGGGGGCGUUAUCAAAGAAAGCUGAGGCAGAGUCAUCUUCAAAUAAUGGAAUUAAGGAAGGCACCAAGGACCUGAUACAGAAGAUAAUCCGGAUUCUGUCUAACGCCCGGUUUACGCUGAAUCUAUUGGGCACGUGCCUGGUUCUAUUUUUAGUCGGGGGCUUUAUCGCCUUUACACCAAAAUACUUGGAGACUCAGUUUUUUGUGCCAGCAUACUACGCCAAUGCUUUACUAGGUGUGACGAUCCUGGUGUCCACGAGUUGUGGGACGUUAGUGGGGGGUCUCCUUACCACCUAUAAGAAGCUCCACCCCUACACAUGUAUCAAGCUGGUGGGCGCCAUUAAUCUCUUCUCCAUCAUCGUCCACGGUCUUGGAUUCGUUCUGGGAUGUCAGAACCCUACCAUCGUUGGGCUGGAUAAUUCAAUGAGCAAUUCCACUUGCUUGGACGCCUGUAACUGUGACAGUGCGGAAUACCUUCCCGUCUGCGGUUCGGAUAAUAGGAAUUACCUGACGCCCUGUCAUGCCGGAUGUGGACAGAGUAUUCAAGGACCAGAGGGUUUUACGUACUCCAACUGCACGUGUAUCGAGGGGGGAGGGACGGCCACCCCCGGGCUGUGUAAGACGGAUUGUGAGAUGUUCUGGCCUUUCCUGAUCGUCAACACCGUGUCCUCGUUAAUCGUUUCCAUCUGCAUCGUCCCCAGUAUUAUGUUCAGUGUCAGGUGCGUGUCAGACGAAGAUAAAUCGGUGGCUGUUGGCGUAUCCUCCCUCUUCCAGACAACUUUUGGCUGGAUGAUCGGACCGGUUAUAACUGGUAAAAUUAUAGACACGUGCUGCAAUCUCUGGAGCUCGAGUUGUUAUGGAAAGGGCGCAUGCGCAUUAUACGACAUAGAGGACUUCCGCUUUAAAAAGUACUCUGUGGAAAUCAUCGCUAAAUGUAUAGUAGUUUUGUUUUAUGGGGUUGUUAUAUGGAUUUCUAGAAACAGAACGGACUGGAGUACAGACGAUGAAGAGAAAAAUGACCUCCCGGAGAAAGAGGAACUCAUGGUCGGAUCAGAGAAAACUAAACUGAAAUUCGAGAUUAGUGAUCCGAUCGUGAAAAACAGAAAAUCUUAAGUCUUAGAUAAUUUAGCGUGUAUAAAAAACCUUAUCCAGCCAUAACUCAAGAUUUUUGGAUUUCGUUGCAAAACCAUGUACAAAAGGAAAAGGUACACAAUCAUUUUAGCGGUAUUGUGCUAAGUUUACCAACGAGACUCGAGAAAUGGCGGAACUAGCAGGGAAGAAGAAAAUGGAAUGAUACAGAUAAAUGUUACACGAAGUCUCGUUUUAUAGAAACAAGCUAAUUCUGACUGCAUAUGAAAUUAUUACGUAUAUAUAUAUAUUUAAACAAAGAAGUAUUUAGAAAGAGCAAGAAAGUUCUCUAAACUGUUAUAUGUAAAUGAAUAUAUAUAACGUUUGUUUUAAUUCUAAGCAUUGGCUUAUUCUGACCUGACAGAAAAAUUUGAGUUGAGGAGUACAUGUUGUACAGCCUUAGAGAAAUUCCCAAGCAAGCCAAAAAAGGGAAGGGCUCCUUUAACUUAUUUUGGAAGAGGAAAAAUAUAAUAAACUUACUUUCCAUAUUCUGACAAAUGGAAUGAUCUUUGUUUUCUUCUAUAAGUAUAUCAUGUAUAUGUCAGAAAAAUAAUUUGGGGCGGGGUAAAAUGGGAGUUAUACUGAUUAAAGGGUUAAGAAUGUUACACACAGGGAAUAAAAAAAACUUAUGUUUUAGCAAACAUAUUUUUCAAUGAUCAUGACGAAAAAUAUAUGUAUAUUUUAUUAAAGUUUUACAAGUUUUACUGUGUCAUAUAUAGAAACUUUGUAUGAUACUACAUCAAGCACAGAUUAGAUAUGUUCAUGUACUCGUAUUUUUCGUACUUGAAAGGAAUUACUUUCACAGAAGUUAUGCAUAGGAAAUUAUUUUAUAAAGUGUUCUUUUGAUAUACCAAAGACUAUUUUUG